AGAUGGCGCUGUUAUCGGAAAUUAAAAUGGCAACUGGUUCAAUACAAUAGUACGACACGAUAGAAUAUAAUAGAUGAUUAUAUUUUACAUUUAUACAAUUUUUAAUAUUUGUGUUCUUUGUAAUUUAUUAUGAUGAAUUAUUAGCAAUGGGAGACCUAUUUGAUAUUGCAAAUUUAAUUACAACUGUUGGUGUUGAUAGAAUAAAAAUUAAACCGGAACCUGGAUUACCAGAAAAAUCCUCAAAUGAAAUAUUAACAGAAUUGUUUAGCACAUUUGACGCGGAAGAGGAAAUAAUAUCCUUAGAAAAUACUGACCAACAAGUCCCAAAUGCAAGCGUUAAAAUUGAAAAGUCUAUUAAAUCUCAAAUUAAAAAAAAGAAAGCUAAAAAGAAACAUAAACAUAAGGAUAAAAAACAUAAAAAAAAGUCAAAACGAAAUUCAUCUGAGAGUAACAGUGAUCUUGAAAAUAUUAAAAAGAAAAAAAAGCAUAAAAAGAAGACAAAACGAAAACAUGAAGAUGAUUCAAGUAAAUCAUCAGAUUCAGAUGAACCCAAAAAUAAAAUUUCAAAAUUUAGUACGUGCAACAAUAUGAAAAAGAAAAAUUAUAAUAAAAAUAAUGGAUCAGAACAACAAAAUAUAAAUCAAUCAGAAAAUUUUGAAAAAUUAAUGAUUAAAAAAAAUUCAGAAUUAGAAAAUAUAUUUGAAAAAGAACCUGAUAGUCCUCAAUUACCACCCAUUUCUAAGAAAAUGCAAGAUGAGCCUGAAGAGCAAUUAAUAUCUAAAGUUCUUGAAAAACCAAAGCAAGGAUAUCAAGGAAAAAUAUUAAUAAAAGAUCUUAAAAAUAGCAUAGUUUAUAAUGAUACAGUUAGAGAAAUAGAAAUUAAAGAAAAAGAAAAAGCAGCAAGAAUGGAAGAUGGUGAAUUAUCUGAUAGUAGUACAGAUAAUAAAACUCCAACAUUAAGUCCUAGUCCAAUUCGAUGUAUCUCUCUCAGAUCAUUGACUUUAAGUCCAACUUUGGAGAAUAUAGAAAAUAGAGUAUUAAGUCCUUUAAAAGGUGAAGUAACAGCAAAAAAUGAUUUAAGAUUAAUUUUGAGAGAAAAAGAAAAGAAAAGAUUAGAAGAUGUGGAUAAAAGGGAAGGAAUAGAAAAAUCAAAAUUAUAUAUGGAUAAUGAAUAUAAAGAAAAAACAUAUAAUUAUAAUAAUAAAGUUACAACAAGCAAAAGUAACAAACAUAAUCAUAAUUGUCAUUCACAAGAAAGAAAAAGAUCUGAAUCUCAUACAUGUAUGAAUUUACGUAGAAGUAGAAGCAGAGAAAAAGAUAAACGAAGAGAUAAAAGUAAAGACAGAUAUAAUAAAAGUCGAAGUAGCGAUCGACGAGAAUCUUCGAAAUGUAAGGAACGACGAAGAUAUAGAAGUCGCAGUGAUGAUAGAAGCAAGGAUAAAUAUAUACGUGGACGAAGUAGAAGUAGAGAACGAAAGGAACGAAUAGAAAUUGAUAAAAAGAAAUUAUUGGAAAUAGCAAGAAAAAAUGCAAUAAACAUGAUUAAACAAGGAACAUUACCAUUAGUACAACAAGAUAAAGCUAUUGCUGCAAUACAAGCUGGAGGAAAAACAGUAGAUGAACUCACAGAUUUUUGUAAAUCAUUAUCAAAAUCUGAAGCUUUAGGAGAACUUUCAAGUAUUUCUUCAGAAGAAGAUGGAAGUGAAUCUGAAAAAGGUUUUCAUCAUCCCUUUUUACUUAAAGGACGACCUAAUUCUAUUAUUAUGAAUAUUAAGGAUGCAAAACAAUUGCCUACUAAGACAUUCCAAGAAAAAACAGUAGAAUCAUCAAAUCAAUUACGUUUACAAUUUCCUGUAUCAAGUGGUCAGCAUCAUAGGAAAAGUGAAAAUGAAUGGAUACCAGUUACUCCAAAGAAAUCAGAAACAAAAAAACAGUUUAUAUCAACUUCUGAAUCAAUUGAAUCUUUUCCUAUGAUACCUUCAACUACUUCUACAGUUCCAGUGCAAUCAAUAGUUUUUUCUCAACCAAUAGCAGCAGAGAUGAAAACAUGGGCUGAAAGUAAACAAAUGCCAGGUCAAUUUACUGGCAGUACUGGAGCUAAAGUACUCUCACCAGCCGAGCUUACUUCAGGUUAUCAAGCUUGGGCUCGUAAGCUUCCUAUCACAGGAUGUCAUCUGGAGUUACUGUAUCUUUUGUUUAUAAAGCUGGGAUAUUUAGCAUUAGUCUGCAUCCACCUGAGGGUUUGUUACAGGCACAUAACUACGUCAGAGAAGAAACAACUUCAGCGGCGUGAUGUCGAAUUUAUGAUUUUUUGGUAAGAUCAAUUAGUAUCAGCACAACCUGUUUCGGGUGGGAUGGGUAUGGCUUUACUGCAGAAGAUGGGUUGGCGACCAGGGGAGUUUGGAAAAAAUAAAGAAGGUACUCUUGAGCCCUUGCAGCUUGAAGUAAAAUUGGACAAACGAGGCCGUUCAGAACAAGAUAUUGGACAAAAAGUAGGAAAAACAAUAAAACCUUUAGUACCAGCAAUCAAAACUUUAGAAGGAAAACAUCCAGUAUCAUUAUUAGGUGAAUAUUGUUCAAAACGAAAACUUGGUGCACCAGUUUAUGAAUUAUGUUUUGAAUGUGGACCAGAUCAUAGAAAAAAUUUUUUGUUAAAGUAUGUUAAAGUAAAUGGAAUUGAAUAUAAACCAAGUGUUGCAAGCCCUAACAAAAAACAGGCUAAAGCAGAAGCUGCACAAAUUUGUUUACAAACUUUAGGAUUAUUACCUGAGACUAUAUCUACUACAAAAUAAUAACUUAUCAAAAGAAUACAAAUAUAACUUGUUUAAAAA